GCGCUGGGCGCCGGCGGCUCAGGCUCGGGCUCGGGCUGGGGCUGGGGCUUGGGCUCCAGCUCGGGCCCUGCACCUGUGACUCGGCGGCGGCGACGCUGGUCCUCCGCUGCCCCGCGCGCUGCCCCAUGGCCCCGUCCCGGCUGCAGCUCGGCCUCCGCGCCGCCUACUCCGGCAUCAGCUCGGUGGCCGGCUUCUCCAUCUUCUUCGUCUGGACCAUGGUCUACCGACAGCCGGGAACUGCGGCAAUGGGGGGGCUGGCAGGUGUCCUGGCAUUGUGGGUCUUGGUGACUCAUGUGAUGUACAUGCAGGAUUACUGGAGGACCUGGCUCAAAGGGCUACGUGGCUUCUUCUUCGUGGGUGUCCUCUUCUCAAUCGUCUCCAUCUCUGCCUUCUGCACCUUCCUGGCAUUGGCCAUCACCCAGCACCAGAGUCUCAAAGACCCGACCAACUACUACCUCUCCUGCGUCUGGAGCUUCAUCUCGCUUAAGUGGGCCUUCCUACUCAGCCUCUACGCCCACCGCUACCGGGCUGACUUCGCCGAUAUCAGCAUCCUCAGCGAUUUCUGACCCAGGGAACGAGGUCACUCCAGCCUAGGGGGCCCUUGGGACCUGUACUCAGCUUUGGAGUCAGCAAGUGAGCCUGCCCCAAACCCUGGGGACUCCAGAACCAUGGCAGAGCAUAGACAGCUGAGCCAGUUCAUUUCCCCAGAAAACCAUCUGGUCCCCUUUCUGGAGGAGACGGGACUGUCGAAGGGGCACUGCCAACAUGCCCAUUAGCCUGGCUAGGGGCAGCUUAGCCCUUUCCAAAUGGAUUUAUUUUCUUAGCACUCUGAGGAACCUUUGUAAAUAGGACCACGAUAAUGAACUCAAGGUGUCAAGGGUUAGGACUGUAAGGUCUGAAUGUAUGUAUGGCUAGUGGCAGGGUUCGGGACAGGCUUCCUUGCUGCCCCAGAAUUCAUGUGUGUGGGAGGCAUCUGGAAAGUGUGGUCAAGUAAGGAAUCUCUACUUAGAGAUCUCCAAAUCCCAUCCCAGCACCCCUAUUCUGUUGUCCCCAAGGGUCAGGUAGCUGAAUUCACCAGUCCCCAGGGAAGUGACAAUUGGCUCUUUGCUCAAGCUGCAAAGCUGAACAGAACCCGGUGUCUCUCCUCCUACCUUCCCAUCCAGAGUUUGUUUCCCAUGAGGGUGCUAGAGCCAGCCAACCAUUCCUGUGUGUCACACGUGCGCACAUGUUACCAGAGCUGGACUCCUCGGAUGAGGCUAGACCUGGGGACCACUGGAAACAUACCCCUGCAUCUAGAAGGGCUUCGGGAUAGGGGGCAAGCGGGUGGGGGCUAGAGAGAGCUGCAGCUGUAGUCCCGAGUCUCCAGCCCUGCUCUUCACCUACCCCUCACUGCCCAAGACCACACCCCGGCCACGAGGACCUUCUCCCUGCACCAGGCUCCAACACUGAUGUUCACCUUUAUCUCCCGAAUGGACACAGGCCCAAGGCCUCGCCUACGUAGAUCGGCAGGGCAGGGGCUGCUACGUACGUCCUUUUAUGAUAGGUUGCUGGUUUGCACGUCUACUUUUCCACCCAGGUCCUGCCCCUCGGCCUCGGCCUUACCUGUGUCACUGUCACUUUAGCAGAAAUACAGCAGCCACUUUUAUCA